GCGCGGUCACGUGACCCGUGACGGACGCUUCAGGAGCACGUAGCCGUUAGCUCGGCUAAUCUUACAGAUGCGUCUUAAGGCGUUUACACAAACUUCAAGAUGUCUGAUCAUGGUGAUGGGGAUCCAGAACUGAGUUUCAGAUCAUCGUUUGCUCUGGGUAGAGGACUUCCGGGCCGGAUAUCACUGAAUCCCCCUCCACCGGGCAGAUUGACCUCCCUGCGCUCCAGAGAUCUCACCCUGGGUGGAUAUAAGAAGAAAACCUUCGUACCAAACGUUAACUCUGUGCGCAAAACUAAAGACGAGUUACAGGAGGAGACCCACACUGCACCGAAGAAGGAGAGAAGAGACAGAGAGGACAGACAGAGAGAAAGACGAAGACGGGAAAAACCCCAGACGAUUCAGUCUCACUCUAUAUUUGAACAGGGUCCUGCAGACACCUACAGAAAACCGGGUAAUUGGGGGGGCUCGAACCCGAGCAACUGUGAUCCUGCACUAGUCACCAAGUGCUUUAAUAAGGAGAAGGUCAAUACUAAAGAUGAUGAUGAUGAAAUUUUACAAAAACUCCAACGAGAUGAUUUUUUGGAUGAUCCCGGGUUAAAAAGCGACCCAACGCAGAGACCAAUAAGGCUUCCACUCCAUCAGGCGUGCAACUUUUUGUCCACAGACGCAGCUAAUACGUUUAAAGAAGAGACAACACCCGACGUCCUGAAACCGUCCAGAACAGCGAGAGGUGCGUCUGUGUCCCCACAGCAGCCAACGGUUCGAGAACUAUUUGAGCAGCUUUGUGUUUCAGAGAGGGAAGAGCUGCUGUUCAUUCAGCUUCCUGAUGUCAUACCAGGUCAGCCGAAAAACAGCAGCAGCCCAGAAAAGAAGAGAAACGAAGUCGUCAAGCCCGCAGACAAACGCUCGCCGCAUGUUAAAGAUCAGACUGAAAAGACCAAUGUGCAUGUUUUGUCUGACUUCUCCGAGGGUCUGAUUGGAAAACUACAAAUAAGAAGGUCCGGUAAAGUUCAGCUGCUCAUGGGAAAUGUAACAUUAGAUGUCUCUGAGGGAGCCGCCUUCACUUUCCUACAGCAACUGGUGUGUGUGCGGCUGUCUGAGGGGCGCACUGGAGACAUGACCGUGCUGGGAAACGUCACGCACAAGCUGGUGUGCUCACCUGAUUUUGAAACCUUACUGCAAGAGGUCAAACCCAGUUCGCACACAAAGUCCUGAAUUUAUUCCCCAAAUAAUAUUUCGCAUAAUAUUGUAAAUAAUGUCAUGUUUUUUAUAUGAGCUUUUGUUUACUGAGCUCGCAAGUAGCAACUCAUGG